UAUGAAUAAGAGGAUUAAAGAAUUGAGGAGUAGAAAGGUGGUGGUCCCCUCCGACCACCGUUGUCACAUUUUCCACUGCUGAUGUCCCUUAGAACAUGGAGCAAAUUAUGCCAUUCUCUCUCUCUCUCUCUAAACUCUAAAGCGCAGCACCAUAAUAAAAAGGCCUCAUUGAACGAACAACAGACACUUCCUACUUGUUGAAGCAACACAAAAAUCAUGAAGUAAACAAACCAAACAUAACAAACAAAACCCUUCACCCUACUCAGAUGGAGAUAGAAUCAGUGAAAUGCGAGUGUUGUGGGUUGAAAGAGGAUUGCACGCAAGACUACAUCACCCAAGUCAAGUCCAAGUUCGACGGCAAAUGGCUCUGCGGCUUGUGCUCAGAAGCAGUCAGAGACGAAGUCAGCAGAGGCAUCGAUGAAGCUGUCAAAGCUCACAUGUCAUUCUGCCGCAAGUUCAAGUCCAACCCUGCCGUUAGAGUCGCCGACGGCAUGCGGCAGAUGCUCAGGAGAAGGUCCGGCGACUUGUCUACUUCUCCGGCAUCCUCCGCCAAGAAGUAUUCCAUUUCCAGGUCAACCUCCACUUCUCAAGUCGGUGAUUCUUCCACCUUCUCACUCUACUAAACAAACAGAGCACUCUGCAUCUGCAUGCACGCACGACAACAAAACAGAGCAUGCUCUGUUUUCUUCUUUUUGUUGGAGUAAUAAUAAUUCAUAUUUAGAUUUUAGCAUUUUCUGAUUUUCAUGUACAGUGGCUGUUAUUUCAGAUCAUAGUUUGGUAUUAAUUAUAUUCCGCUAAUCCUUCUAUGUCAUCGAUCUCUUUAAUUUGUUUUUGUGUUGAUGGAAACGUACAACACCUGGGAACAAGUGAAGAAGAAGAAGAACAAUUUUGAUGCUUCUCGGUCCAAUCAGUUUUUUCUUUUUUUGUGUCAUAUAUUAAUUAAGAAGCUGAUUUGGGUGAUUAAAAAACAAGGUAUUGUGUCUCUGAUGAA